GAAAAACUCACACCACUAUUAUUAAAAUCAAAAGUGAAUACUCCAAAAAUGAAGUAAAUGAUAUUUAUCCAAAAAUAUCUAACAAAUACGUAAAAAUUGAAUUAUCUUGAACGUUUCUAUACCUCUUUACUCUCUAUAUAUAGUUCUAUUUUCCUCACUAGCAACAACACACUUGAACACUUCUUUCGAAAUCUCUCUCUAUCUCUAAAAAUGAAGCUCUCUAUGCGUUUGAUCUCAGCUGUUCUAAUCAUGUUCAUGGUAUUCGUCGCCACUGGGAUGGGUCCAGUCACUGUGGAGGCACGUACGUGUGAGUCACAGAGCCAUAGGUUCAAGGGUACAUGCGUGAGAGAAUCAAACUGCGCCAACGUGUGCCACAACGAAGGCUUUAUCGGAGGUAACUGCCGUGGAUUCCGUCGUCGUUGUUUCUGCACCAGGCAUUGCUGAUCUAUCCAUUCUCAUAACUCAAGCUUUGAUCCAUCGUCGUGUGUCACUUCUUUCUUAUCUAAUCUUCCGUACAGUACUAUGAAGUACCGUACAUGAGUGUGUUCUUGGUGUUUUGUGUGUUUCCUAUUUUAAUGUAAUGUUAAAUCAACUAAUGGCUUUUUGAGCCUUUGACUAAUAAUAAUCAAAAUCUAUGUUCCGAUAA